CCCCCUCCCCUCCCCCCCUUCUGCAGCGUUACGGGGGCGGAUGCGCCGCUGUGCUUGGCGUUACUUUAAUAGCAAUCCCCUAACUAUGCAACUAUGCUGGUACUUUCCCCCCACAAGGGUUGAGUGAAACGACGGUUGUCAUACUGCCACCGAAGCGACGAUCACCCUCAAUAACUUCUGGACGUCCCUAGUCCUUCGUUCCACCCCCGAAGCCGACGUAGUCACUCGUCAGAAGUUUAGUCCUCCUCCCGAAAAUAAUACUAGUCACCACCAACCACUGUUACUGUUGUCUUGGAAGGUUGGCUACACAACGUUUGGAUAGACAGUACAGCUUACUGUGAACCAACUGGAUGACCUCAGAACGAGACGGCUGCCAAGGAAGCUACCCGGACCUGCAACGCUGGGGGUGCUCCACUGAAUCGCGCAACGUAGGAUGAUCACUGAGGCAGAUCAGAUCAGUGGAUACGUUUUCGUGGGGCCCAUACCUGCUUCUAAGAAAGCAGCACCAAGCUGCGGAGCGCUGUUUCAGGAAAUCCUGAGGUUCACCGACCACGAGCGGAAGGAUGGCCACAUCGUCACCGGAUACGCGUCAACGCGGGAAGCGCCGAGGCGGAGAGACCUUCGAAUGUGCAGUGUGCUGGAAGAAGUUCGGCCGAAGUGAUACACUAAGAGAGCACGUUCGGACCCACACCGGGGAGAAGCCUUUCGAGUGCACAGUAUGCAAGAAGAAGUUCACUGCAAGUGCAACUCUCAGAACGCAUCUUCGGACCCACACCGGGGAGAAGCCUUUCGAGUGCGCAGUAUGCACGAAGAAAUUCGCUCAAACCACAGGUCUUAGAGUGCACCUCCGGACACACACCGGGGAGAAGUCUUUCGAGUGCACAGUAUGCAACAAGAAGUUCACUCGAAGUGGAAGCCUUAGAGAGCACCUUCAGACACACACCGGGGAGAAGUCUUUCGAGUGCACAGUGUGCAACAAGAAGUUCGUUCAAAGUCGGGGCCUUAGAGAGCACCUUCAGACACACACCGGGGAGAAGUCUUUUGAGUGCACAAUAUGCACGAAGAAGUUCAGUUUCAGUAGUAAUUUACGAAGGCACCUACGGAUCCACACCGGAGAGAAGUCUUUCGAGUGCACAGUAUGCAACAAGAAGUUCGUUCAAAGUGGAAGCCUUAGAGAGCACCUUCAGACACACACCGGGGAGAAGUCUUUCGAGUGCACAAUAUGCACGAAGAAGUUCAGUUUCAGUAGUAAUUUACGAAGUCACCUACGGAUCCACACCGGAGAGAAGUCUUUCGAGUGCACAGUAUGCAAGACGAAGUUCGGUAGCAGUAGUUAUUUAAGAGUGCACCUACGGAUACACUCUGGAGAGAAGCCUUUCGAGUGCUCAGUAUGCAAGAAGAAGUUCGGUGUCAGUAGUAAUUUACGAAAGCACCUACGGAUCCACACCGGAGAAAAGUCUUUCGAGUGCACAGUAUGCAAGAAGAAGUUCGGUACCAGUAGUGAAUUAAGAGUGCACCUUCGGACUCACACCGGCGAGAAGCCUUUCGAGUGCUCAGUAUGCAAGAAGAAGUUCGUUCAUAAAGGAAACCUCAGAAGGCACCUCCGGACCCACAGCGGGUAGAAACCUUUCGAGUUCACAUUCACAGUAUGCAAGAUAAGCUCGGUAGCUGUGGACACUUCAAACAGCACCUUCGGACCCACUCCUGGUAGAAGCCUUCCAAAUGCACUGUUUGUCAAAAGGCGUCCAGUCUUGUCAAGAAUUUGCUUAGUUUUGGGUACAACUGUAAUCUUUCCCGCAUUUUCCGUUGUAAGCCAUGUGUGCAUGUCUAGCUGCUGCAUUUGUAAACACCCCUUUGAUUCUUGAGGGUGAUAAGUCGAAAGCAUCGCAUAAGCUGUAAAUUUCUGUGUUCAUCAGUUUCUGUGUUGUGGAUUUUUUUUGUUUGACACCAUGACAGAUUAAAUUAUCUUCUUAUGGAUUAUUA